UACGUAGCGCGGGCGGGGUCGGCCACGCACAAUGGGCCAUGGAGUUCCCGUUUGAUGUGGACGCGCUGCUCCCGGAGCGGAUCACCGUGCUGGACCAGCACCUGCGGCCCCCGGCCCGCCGACCCGGAACCACAACGCCAGCCCGUAUUGAUGUGCAGCAGCAAAUUAUGACCAUUGUAGAUGAACUGGGCAAGGCUUCUGCCAAGGCCCAGCAUCUUCCUGCACCCAUUACCAGUGCAUCGAGGAUGCAGAGUAACCGUCAUGUUAUGUAUGUGCUGAAGGACACCUCCGCUCGACCGGCUGGAAGAGGAGCUAUUAUUGGUUUCCUUAAAGUUGGAUACAAGAAACUCUUUGUACUGGAUGAUCGUGAGGCUCACAAUGAGGUGGAACCACUUUGCAUCCUGGACUUUUACAUCCAUGAGUCACUUCAACGCCAUGGCCAUGGGCAAGAACUCUUCCAGUAUAUGUUGCAGAAGGAGCGAGUUGAACCACACCAACUAGCCAUUGACCGGCCCUCACAGAAGCUGCUGAAGUUCCUAAAUAAACACUACAACCUGGAGACCACAGUCCCACAGGUGAACAACUUUGUGAUCUUUGAAGGCUUCUUUGCCCAUCAGCAUCGGCCCUCUGCUCCCUCUCUGAGGGCAACUCGACACUCUCGCGCUGCUGUGGUCGAUCCUACGCCCGCUGCUCCAGCAAGGAAGCUUCCACCCAAGAGAGCAGAGGGAGACAUUAAGCCAUAUUCCUCGAGUGACCGAGAAUUUCUGAAGGUAGCUGUGGAGCCUCCCUGGCCCCUAAACAGGGCCCCUCGCCGAGCUACACCUCCAGUCCACCCACCCCCCCGCUCCAGCAGCCUGGGAAACUCGCCAGAACGGGGUCCCCUCCGCCCCUUUGUGCCAGAGCAGGAGCUGCUGCGUUCCCUGCGCCUCUGUCCCCCACACCCUACUGCCCGCCUUCUGCUGGCUACUGACCCUGCAGGCAGCCCAGCCCAGCGUCGCCGCACCAGGGGGACUCCCCCAGGGCUGGUAGCCCAGAGCUGCUGCUACAGCCGUCAUGGGGGGCUGAAUUCCUCAUCUCCCAACAUAGGCAACCAAGAAUGGAAGCAGGGGGAACAGGAAACAGAGGAUAGGUCUGCCAGUGAGGAGCAGAUCUUGUCACAGGAUGGGUAUGGGGAGGAACCCAUGCACACAGUUCCUCCACAGGCACAGGCCCCACCAGCCCAGUACUGGACAAUGGCUGGGGACAUGUUCAACGCCAGGUUCAUUCGAAACUUGCAGGAACGUCGCAGCACCAGGCCUUGGUGACUGCAGCCCCGUUACACCUUCAAAGUCAGUAUUACCUCUCACUACAGGAGGCAGCCAAAGCCCACCCUCAGUAUAUGCA